UUUGCGACGAACCGACCACGUUGCGGGGCUCUAUGUAUCCUGCUCGCCGUCGUUUUCGCUGCGGCAGCGGCGGAGGAAACAGAGAAGCAGUCCUCAUACAUUGUGCACGUCGCGCACAAGCACGCGCCGCUGCUGCCAGGCCGCGGCGGACUGCUAGCCACCGGAGCGUAAGGCUCGCGUUCCUGCGUGACCACAUCCCCGUGCACAUGUCCGUCCCGGCGCCGAGGGUGCUCUACUCCUACUCCCACGCGGCGACGGGCUUCGCAGCGCGCCUCACGGGACGCCAGGCCGCACACCUAGCGUCCCAGCGUUCCGUCCUCGCCGUCGUCCCCGACGCGACGCUUCAGCUCCACACCACGCUGACGCCGUCUUUCCUCGGCCUCUCCUCUUCGUCCGGCUUGCUCCCGGCGUCCAACGGCGCCACGGACGUCGUCAUCGGCGUCAUGGACACCGGCGUGUACCCCAUCGACCGGGCCUCAUUCGCGGCGGACCCAUCGGUGCCGCCACUUCCGCCUGGCAAGUUCAGAGGGAGCUGCAUCUCAGCUCCGUCGUUCAAUGCCUCCGCGUACUGCAACGGCAAGCUCGUCGGCGCCAAGGCCUUCUACGAGGGGUACGAGCUAGAACUUGGGCGUUCAAUGAACGAGAUGGAGGAGUCGAGGUCGCCGCUCGACACCAACGGCCAUGGCACGCACACCGCGUCCACAGCCGCCGGAUCCGCUGUGGCGGACGCGGCCUUGUACGGCUAUGCCAGAGGGAAAGCCGUCGGCAUGGCCCCGGGCGCGCGCAUCGCGUCCUACAAGGUGUGCUGGAAAUACGGGUGCAUGACCUCUGACGUAGAAGAGCUAGCGCAGCGUGGAAUAGAUGCCAUAGAACAAGUGACCGACCUCGUCGUCCUGUCGCAGCAGGUUGUCCCGUAUCUCAUCCGCUUCGCCUCGUUCUCGGCGCAAAGACGGAGUCCCGCGGCAGCCGCGGCCUCCUCCAGCCUCGAGUCCGCCUCAGCCGGCGCGACCCACGGGGAGUCGAGGUGGAGCUCGCCCUCCCUCGGCGCCGCCAUCAAAGGACACCGGUCCCGCCUCGCCUCUGCGGCGCGCGAUGAGGACGAGGAGGGCGCCUGGGAUGACGGUUCCGGGGAGGCGUUGCGGUGGGGUUCGACCGCUCGCGAGGUCGCGGCGGCGACGGAAGCUGCUGCCAUGGAGGGAGCUCGGAGUUGCCGUUGA